UCUGUGUGUAAGGAACUGUUGUGUUCGUCAAGUGCCCAGAGGCAGACUUGGCCUAUUUCGUAUCGCGCCUAACAGCGACCUUUCUCGAUGUGAAGUUGUUUACCAGCGUCACCAUUUGUUACAAAGCAUUGAGUGUCUACUUUGUGAUGACGGAAUUAACCAUUUAUGCGAGGCCUUAUUAGCGCAAGCAUACGAGUUGCCCAGGCCUGCACUCUUCUUCCACAAUGCAUCAUCUUCUAAUGAGCUUCGUUUUCUUACUACGUUAUGCUACUUCAGCCGUAGAAGAUGGCUGUUCCCCAUUAGUCGAUGCUGAUAGUACAACGCUAUGUAUAGCUGAUAAUAACUGGCCAGAAUGCAAAAAUAUAAGUCAUAACAUGGAAUGUGUUCAGUGUGGAGGAUUAAGGCCAGAAAUUAUCUAUGACAAUAGCACGUACAACUUCGUAUGGACGGAUAACGUGCCUAUCGAAUCUGUGAAACUGAGUUGUGAGGACACAGUUGCAUGCAAGUGUAACUUGACGUUAAAUCUCCAAGAGAAAGAAAUUCGAAAUGGCAAAUGUCGAGGUGGCUACAGUUCAACAGAAUGUCUUCUGGAAAAGAAGACGGGUUGUCAAAUCGGCAAGGAUACGAAAUUCCACGGGGGACCAGACACACUUGAAUGUGGAGGACACGACCCGCCCAAAUGCACAGUGACGGACAGACCUGACCUGAUCAAGUCUGUGACGGCGAUCUGUACACCGAAGAAGAUCGACGAUAAGUUUUGUGAAGAUUGCCAGCUUCAUUUAGACUAUGCAAAAAGAUACAGCUGCAACUUUGAUUGGACGUCACAAACGUUUAUUGCGAACGCGGAUGAUCUCUGCCACAUUGACGGCGAUCUGAUAGCGAACGUUACGUGUGUGGAUCGGCCGUGUGACGACUUCCAUUACGACGCGACGUGUUCUAACACUGAUGGAAACAUCACAUGCCAGGUGAACGCUUCCAUAAAGAGAAGGAUCCGUGAAAAAUCGAUCCAAUGUAUCGUGUCCAAAAACAAGAUCUGUGAAGCAUGCUAUUUGAUGAUAACGACGUCGGCCUUAAAGAUUAAGCCGACAUUUAUCAGCUCCAUGUUAUCGCUGCUUUUGCUUUUCAUCGAUCGCGGAUAGGAUCGCAGAUCUCGUCACCCACGUUACCGAGAUAGAACGUUCCCCAUCAAUAUUGUUCCUAUCGAAAGAGUUAGAUAAAGCUGUUCGAUUUUUGUGCCGCCAGGCAAAAUGGCAGAACGCGUGAUUAUACAUACAUAUCUAAAACAAAUAAAAAUACAUAUUGAUUCAAUGUAAGCUGCCAAAUGGACGGGAUGUACAGGCGUGUAGUUGGAAAUCAAGGAAUAGUAAAGCCCUCAAUGCGAAGUUUAUCAAUGGUCGACAGGGUUUAUGUGCAUGUUACUCUAUAAACGGCUACGACAAACAACGCAAUAACUGUACAGCCCAAUUUGUAACCUGAAGUUUGUCGAGAAAAUAAAUGCUAGCUCGGUGGA